UCCCCUACUGCUACUACUAAUGAUCAGGCCAAAUUUUCAGAGCACAAGAAAAAUUCGAAUAUAACGACAUCAAAAUUAGCAAAUAAAGUAUUGGAUGAUUCAAUCAAAAAUUGGAAUACUGUAACAAGACCUUUUCGUAUGCCAUUAAAGAACCUUAACCAACCUCUACAUCUUCCGCUUCAUAUUAAUGCAAUGAAGAAUAAUCCUACACUUGGUAGACGACAAAGAUUGUAUAAACAUAAUUCCCAAACUUCUGAAGAAGAACUGAAUGGAAAUGUGGUCAUUAAAAAUUAUUACAUAAACGCCGAUAAUGUUACAAUUAAUUAA